AUGAAAGACUUAGGUCAUAUAAAUGUGAAAGAACAUUACUACAGCUUAGGAGGUCAGUUUGUGGACCCAGAUAGGUUAGAAUUAUUAACCGAUGAUAAGAGUGUCAUGCAUAUGUUGAACAUUGCAAGGUUAAAUGAUGUAGUUCAUCUGUAUGUGGUUCAUAAUAUCAUGGAACCACAAAUAAUAAAAAUGAUUGAUUGGGUUGAUGGCCAUGUUCAUGAUGAAGGUGAUGUUGCAACACAAGUGGAUGAGGGUCAGGUUGUUGGUGAUGGUCAAGUUGAAAAAGAAAUGGUGGAAGGUGAGAGUGAGGGCCAUAUUGAAGUUGAAAUAGAAAUGGGAUAUGGUGAGGGUGAGGGCCAUGCUCAUACUGAAGUUGGAAUAAAAAUGGUGGAUGGUCAGGGUGAUGAUGUAGACGAGAGUGAGGAUGAGGAUGUACAUGAGGUUGAAGAUGAAGAUGUAGAUGAUGAUGAAAAAGUAGAUGAGAAUGUUGAUGAUAAAGAAGUAGAUGAGGCUGAGGAUGAAGAUGUCAGUGAAGAAAGUCUAGUUGAUGUCAACAUUCAGUGUGACAUUGGGGCUUCUAAAGGAAAUGGGAGACAAGAACCUUCUCCCGAAAGGUCACCCAUCCCAUAA